AUGUCAAGGCCUAAGGCAUAUUACAUUUCGUUCGUCUGGCACCCGCUGUGGCGCCAGCUGUUUCUUUAUGGCUGUAAUAUCCGAAUCAAGAAGGGCCAAAAAGUACUCUCCUUCUCGGCAAGUGCUGAGCAAGAUAAAGACAUGUUGAAAAUGGAAUCUGACAAAGGAAAGUUAAACAGAGAGAUUAACGACAAUUUGGAAAAUAAGAUUUAUUGCCAAUCUAAAACAUUUCUACGCAACAGUGAUCGAACUCCUAACGCUCCAGAAAGAGCUGCAAAAGUCUGUCGAUUGAAUUUUGUACCACUACAAAGUACACAAACUCUCCAGUCUUUGAACCGUCAUAAGUCAUCCAGCCAGAGAUGUAACAUACAGCAGCAGUGGGGAAGCACAUGGUGUACUUCAUCCGAACAGUUUAUCUUUAGAACACUCAUAAAUCCAGCUAGCGUCACCCCACCAAGACUAUUGAACACAAAGCUAUUGACCAUCGCUUACACGGGACCAAUUCCUGAUUUGAAGCAACCAACGGACAGCCGAGCUGAAGAUGUCCUUAAUAUUGAUGAGUUCGGAUGGAAUGCACUUCUUGGAACCUCCUCAUACAUCACUAUCUUCCCAGCAUCUAGCUGCGAGACACUCCCGACUAUUUCCUUUUUUCAUGUCUUUUUAAAACUGGCAUGUGGUUAUCUUUCUGGCAGGAUACCCUUGGGCCUUCUCACACUCUAUUCAUUCUCAGAGACGGUUUUUAAGGAUUGUCUUUUCUUCUCUCCAAAGUUCUCUGACAUUUACUAUAUAACUCUUCCUGGCUUUGCACUUUUGGUUAUUGGUCAACACCAAUGGUCCACAGUAUUCGAUCAUGCCUAUUUUAUGCCUUCCACAGUAUUAUUUGUCGUAUUCCGCUUAGCUGUCAUAUUUAAGGCUGAACAAACCCUUAAUAACCUUGUCUGCUCCUCUGACGUGCUUAUUGAAAUUCGUAAUGGGAUCGAGUAUGGCGACUGUAUCGUCUUCAUCAUCGAACAUUUUGCUAUAGCCAUCAUUGCGAAUGAAUGGCGUUUGCGCCAGUGCUCUUCUCCUCUUUUGCGCCAGGCUAAUUUUUUGGUAUGGCGUCACUUUAUUCCUCUGUGUAACCCUACCUCUCCUCAGAAAAAUGUACACCCAAAAAAGCACAGCACGAGUGAAACAAAUUUGUUGUCAUGGAGAUUACCUGUGAUUCCGACUGACGGGCUCAACCCAUUUUAUGGUAUUGAAUAUUUGAGGAUCCGCCAGUGA